AUGCCACCGCCCUUGCCUCAGACCGCUUCCCGCGGCUGGCGCUUUUGGGCUGUCUUUCCGCCGCUCUGUGUUGCAACUCUGCUAGCCGCCAUGGAAGGCACCGUCACCUCAACUGCGUUGCCUUCCAUCGUCGGCGAGUUACAUUCAGGAAACAAUUAUGUCUGGAUCUUAAACGGCUACCUUUUGACAAGCACUGCUUUCCAGCCAUUCUACGGCCAGUUCGCCGGAGUUUUUGGACGAAGAUGGCCUACCAUGUUUGCCGUUGCCGUCUUUACCUUGGGCAGCGGCAUUAGUGGAGGCGCAAAGUCGACCACGAUGCUGAUCGCCGGGCGUGUUGUUCAAGGGAUUGGCGGCGGAGGCGUCAGCGUCAUGACCCAGAUCAUCAUCAGCGACCUUGUGUCCGUCCGCGAAAGAGGCAAGUACAUGGGCAUCAUCUUCGCUACCUUUGGAAUCGGCACCACCAUUGGUCCUGUCCUAGGAGGCGUCAUUGUCCAGCACGACGCCUGGAGAUGGGUCUUUUGGCUCAAUCUUCCGAUCGGAGGUGUGACGUUGUUGCUUCAGUUUUUCUUUCUCCAGGUGGCCUACCGAAAAAGGUUUACCUUGAAGGAAAAGCUGGGACAGAUCGAUUGGGUCGGCAACUUCAUCUUGAUUGGCUCCGUCAUUGCCAUCCUCAUCGCCCUCUCCUGGGCUGACACCCGAUAUCCUUGGUCCUCGCCGCAUGUCAUUGCCCCUCUUGUCAUCGGAUUCGUGGGGACAGUGUGUUUCCAUGUUUACGAGGCGAGUAAAUUUUGCGUCCAGCCGACUAUUCCUUCACGUGUGUUCGGAAACAGAACGAGCGCCACGGCCUUGGUCCUGACGUUUGGACAAUCCAUGUUGACGUUUUGGAGGAUUUAUUUCUUGCCCGUCUACUUUCAAGCGGUGCGCCUCGUCUCGCCUUCUAGAUCGGGUGUUCUGCUCCUCCCUACAGUCACUGUUGGUGUGCCAGUAGCCAUUGUAGCUGGACGUCUUUUGACCAAUUACGGUCGCUACAAAGCCCUUCACCUCGGCGGGUUUGCUCUCAUGACUCUGGCAGCUGGACUGUACAUCCGCUUCGACGCUUCGUCGUCCCUCGCCGAGGUAGUCGUCUACCAGAUUUUGGCCGGCCUGGGCACAGGAUGCGUUCUUACAACUCUCCUUCCUGCAGUUCAGGCAGGCCUCAGUCAGGCAGAUGUCGCUGUCGCUACCUCAACGUGGGGGUUUAUCCGCUCGUACGGAAGUAUUUGGGGAAUUGCCAUUCCCGCAGCCAUAUUCAACAACCGGUUCAGCCACUUGCUGUAUCGUGUCGAAAACGCCCAAGCGCGGGCAGAGCUAGGCGGUGGGAGGGGAUAUUCGCAUAUCGAUGGAUCCUACAUCAGAACUCUUCCUGCUGGUGACGAACAACAGGUCUUGGAUGUUUAUACCGCCAGCCUAAAGGUUGUAUGGGAAGUUGCGCUCGCCUUCUCGAUAGCCUUUUUUCUCCUUGUGUUCUUGGAGAAGCAAAUCAAGCUGAGGACAACCAUAAAUUCGGACUACGGCCUCAAGGAGAAGAAGAAGCAGCAAACCGACAAGGAGGCGGGCGAGAAGGGAUUAGGCAAGGGAAAAGCGGGCGAAGAUGCUGAUCUGGAGGCAGUCAAGGCGACCAAGGCGCACGCAGCUCCUCCUGAACAAGCGGUAUCAGGCCAUGGCGACAGUUGA